AUGCACCAAAGGCUUCUCGAGGAGCUGGGGAUUUCGUACGAGUCGCCGUACAACAGAAAAAGCAAAAUGGGAGAGAAAGAGAAAAAGAGCCUGCAAAAAGACUACUCUUUCUUCCUAGACGAGCUAAUAGGCAUUCCUGCAAAUGCGCCGUAUGUCCACGACUACAGCGAGGCCCCUCCAGUGCUCACGAUAGGCGAGGUGGAGGAAAUAGUGAGCGCCUUUGAGGUAAACACAAGCGCGCUAAACAGCAAGAGCACAGGCGCCAUGCCCCGAGACGCUUUUGCGCAGGGAGAGAAGAAAGAAACAGUAAAGUGUGCAAACUGCGCGCUUAUGAAGAACAGCACAAAGCCCCAGCAGCCUGCACAGCCCAGCAAUCUGUCGGACUUUUCUUCUGCGAAAGACCUGCUUCCUCCAGAUAUAAGCAAAAACCUUCCCAAAAGAAGCAAGCAGGAGCCUGUAAAGGAGGACGAAAUAGACAAGGUCGCAAAUGUAGAAAAAAAGCUUCUAGACGUAAUCCGAAACGAGGUGCUGUCUCCCAAAGAAAAGAUAGAGUGGGAGGACAUUGCAGGGCUGCCCCAGGUGAAAAUGGCGAUAAAGGAAAUUGUUGUGUGGCCAAUGAUGCGCCCAGACAUAUUCAAAGGGCUCCGAGGCCCCCCUAAGGCGCUUCUUCUGUUUGGGCCUCCCGGGACAGGAAAAACCAUGAUUGGAAAGUGCAUUGCCAGCCAGUCGCAGUCCACGUUCUUUUCGAUCAGCGCCUCCUCGCUCACCUCCAAGUGGGUUGGAGAGGGCGAAAAAAUGGUUCGGGCGCUCUUUUCGGUGGCAACGGAGCUGGCCCCGUCUGUGAUUUUCAUUGACGAAAUCGACUCGCUUCUCAUGCAAAGAACAGAGGGCGAGAACGAAAGCACGCGGCGCAUAAAAACAGAGUUUCUUGUGCAGAUGGACGGAGCCAAGCAGGGAAAAGACAACGUUCUGGUUAUCGGCGCCACAAAUCGGCCGCAGGAAAUAGACGAGGCAGCCCGAAGAAGGUUUGUGAAGAGGCUGUACGUCCCUCUCCCGGACAAGGAGGGCCGCAUGGAGAUGGUCAGAAAAAUAACAAAAGACAUAUGCGCGCUCUCCUUUGACGAAAUAGACCAGCUUGCAGACUCCCUAGAGGGAUACUCUGGGUCAGACAUCUACAACUUAUGCCGAGAGGCCGCGAUGGAGCCGGUCCGGGAGAUCAAGGAGCUGGAAAAUCUCCACUCUCUCCGGGGAAUCCACAUAAAUGACUUUAUUUCGGCAAUGAAGCACAUACGAAAAAGCGUGUCUGCAAAAGAGCUUGUGUUCUACGAGGAGUGGAACAAAGAGUUUGGCGUCCUUUCUAGAUAG